CCGCAUCGCCUUGUUAGUGUCGUUGCGUCAGGAUGAAGUUAGCUAGCUAAGCGAUCUGUGAAAGGGACCUUGUCAUGACGGGACGAACUCUCUGACCCCGGAGAAGCUUACAUUUAAAAGCUAGGCUGUGACCUUAGGUAGCAGGAAGGCACCCUGAGACCAUGUUGGCACGGCUGUUCAGGCUCCAUGGCCUGCUGGUGGCCUCCCACCCAUGGGAGGUAAUAGUGGGCACCCUCGCUCUCACCGUCUGCCUGGUGUCUAUGAACAACCUGGCAACCAGCAACCAGAUAUGCACCUGGAACGAGUGCCCCAAAGUCGAGGAGAAAAUUCACAGCAGUGACAUAAUCAUCCUAACAAUCACACGCUGCAUGGCCAUCGUUUAUAUCUAUUUCCAGUUCAAGAAUCUGCGACAACUGGGGUCCAAAUAUAUACUGGGUAUUGCAGGGUUGUUCACAGUGUUUUCCAGCUUUGUCUUCAGUACAGUGGUCAUCCACUUCUUUGGGAAAGAGCUAACAGGUCUAAAUGAAGCCCUGCCGUUCUUCCUCCUGCUCAUUGACCUGUCCAAAGCCUGUGCAUUGGCCAAAUUUGCACUCAGCUCAAACUCUCAGGAGGAGGUGAGGGAGAACAUCUCCCAGGGCAUGGCCAUCCUGGGUCCCACCUUUACUCUGGAUGCUCUGGUGGAGUGUCUGGUCAUUGGGAUUGGCACAAUGUCAGGUGUGCCUCAGUUAGAGAUCAUGUGUUGUUUUGGCUGUAUGUCUGUCCUCGCCAAUUACUUUGUCUUCAUGACCUUCUUCCCUGCAUGUGUGUCCCUGGUCCUGGAGCUCUCCAGGGAAAGUCGUGAGGGCCGUCCGAUCUGGCAGCUGAGCCACUUUGCCCGUGUGCUGGCUGAAGAAGAGGACAACAAGCCCAACCCUGUGACCCAGAGGGUUAAAAUCAUCAUGUCUCUGGGCCUGGCCUUGGUUCAUGCUCACACUCGACUAGCAGCUGAGCUUCCUGGUCAUAACCGCUCGGCGGAGGGGCCAAUAGCGAAGAGACCGGACUCUGGUGGCACUGUGUGGCCUUUGAAGCUCACCAGUAUGGACCUGGAGCAGGUGAUAACUCUCGGUCUCGCCCUGCUGCUCGCUGUGAAGUACGUCUUCUUUGAGCAAACGGAAGCCGAGUCCUCCCUGUCUCUCAUGAGUCCCAUUAUCAGCUCUCCCACGACCCAGAAGCCGAGGUAUGCAGGAGACUGCUGCAGGAGAGACUUCCCAGCCCUGAAACCCCACACGGCCAUGAACGUUACCUUAGCAACCAGCCGUGCUUCACCAGCUGUCUCAGACUCUCAACUUUCCCCCGAGGCUGACACAGCGUUCAGAGAGAAGACAGAAGCAACACAGCCUCCAGCAGCCCCGGUGGAGAACGGCCCCUGUGUUCCACACUUUGGGGACUCUUUUGCUCCGACACCUCAUGUUCCUCAAAGUAACUCAGAGGUGCGGUCGCUGGAAGAAUGCAUGGCCAUCCUCUCAGAUCCUCAGAGGGGCGCCCGUUGUCUGAGCAAUGAAGAGGUGAUGAACCUGGUGACCUCACGUAACAUCCUGAACUAUAAACUGGAAUCUGUCCUGGAGAGUCCGGAGAGGGGCGUGGCCAUCAGGAGGGAAAUGCUGUCACCCAAACUGCCUGUUGUCUCCGCUUUGGCGUCUCUGCCUUAUAAGGACUACGACUACACUAAGGUGAUGGGCACUUGCUGUGAGAAUGUCAUCGGCUACAUGCCGGUGCCAGUAGGAGUGGCUGGUCCUCUCCUGUUGGAUGAGAAGCAGUUUUACAUUCCCUUAGCGACCACGGAGGGCUGCCUGGUAGCCAGCACUAACAGAGGAUGCAGGGCGCUUUCUCUGAGCGGGGGUUGCCGCAGCAGGAUCCUCGCUGACAGCAUGACCAGGGGUCCUGUGGUGAGGCUGCCCUCAGCUUGUCGGGCGGCAGAGGUCAAAGUCUGGCUGGAGACCUCGGACGGAUUCAGCAUCAUCAAAGAGGCCUUUGACAUGACCAGCAGGUUUGCUCGUCUGGAGAAGCUGCUGGUGGGCUUAGCCGGGAGGAACUUGUACAUUCGCUUCCAGUCUCAGACAGGAGACGCCAUGGGCAUGAACAUGCUCUCCAAGGGGACUGAGCAGGCGCUGCAGAGACUCAAGCAGCAGCAUCCAGAUGUGGAGGUGCUGUCGGUCAGUGGCAACUAUUGCACUGAUAAGAAGUCCGCUGCCAUUAACUGGAUCUUGGGCCGGGGGAAGUCUGCUGUGUGUGAGGCCACCAUCCCUGCCAAGGUGGUCAGAGAGGUGCUGAAGAGCAGCACGACUUCUCUGGUGGAGCUGAACGUCAACAAGAACCUGGUGGGCUCGGCCAUGGCCGGCAGUAUCGGGGGCUUCAAUGCUCAUGCUGCCAACAUUGUAGCAGCCAUCUACAUCGCCUGUGGACAGGACCCAGCUCAGACCGUGGGGAGCUCCAACUGUAUCACUCAGAUGGAGGCUGCUGGUCCAGACGGGGAGGACCUGUACAUCAGCUGCACCAUGCCCUCCAUAGAGCUGGGCACUGUGGGAGGAGGCACCAACCUGCCGCCACAGCAGGCCUGUCUGCAGAUGCUCGGUGUCCAGGGCACCAGCUCCAGCCAGCCAGGAGAGAACGCCCGGCAGCUGGCCCGUGUGGUUUGUGCCACCGUGCUGGCAGGCGAGCUCUCCCUGAUGGCCGCCCUCGCUGCCGGACAUCUCGUCAAAAGCCACAUGACCCACAACAGGUCAGAUAUUUCACUCGCGUCGAUGUCUACCAGAUGUGAAAUAAACCCGUCAGAAAAACCUUCGUCAAAGUCGUAGACAGCUGCGUUACAGAAGAUGACGACGGCCCGUCUUCAGAGUCGGCCAGACGUGAACAAACAAAGCAAACUUGACGAUGAGAACUGAGAGGACUGAAUCGUCUCCUAAUGAGGUGUUUCUGAAGGGAGUGCUGUGGGACAUCCAGACGUGGAAGACUAAUAAUCUGAUAUUCAGACCACUGUGUGUGUGUGUGUGUGUGUGUGUGUGUGUGUGUGUGUGUGUGUGUGUGUGUGUGUGUGUGUGUGUGUGUGUGUGUGUGUGUGUCGCCCCACUGACUGCAGACUCUUCAGGUUGACAUGUGAUGUUGAGGUUCCUUAUCUGUGCCAUUUGUCUGCAGCUGAUCGUUGCAGUCGUGUUUGUGUUGUCGGCACUGAUCUUACAGACAGCUGUGAAUUAUUGAGGGGGUUUGGAUUGGCUAAAUCCUCUGUGCUGCAAAGUCUCGAUCGAGUAUCCUGUGCCUCUUUAAGAGUCGUACGGCCAAAAGCAAAUCGCUUCUCCUAACACACAGUGGAAAGACAAAACUUCCAGAUUAACUCUUGUCACCUUUUCUCAUCUGUAACGCAUGAAGUGAGAUCUUCAGACUGCUGCGACAUGAUUUGUCUGAGAUCUCUGCUGUUGCCAAAAGCUCGCUGGAGACUUGCUGGUGAUGUUUGCUCGAGUUUAAAAUGCCAAUGUUCUGCCUGAAUGUAUGUCGUACUAAAUCAGUGUUGCAGGAUAUCAGUUGCACAACCCUUCCUGAGUUAAAGCCUCACUCCAGUGUGUUUUGGCGCAGUCGUUCUUGAUCAUGUUGCUGAGCCAAACUGUUCAACUUAUUAAAUAUAAUUUAGUUCUCAACGUUUAAAAAAGAAGGUUGUUUCUAAAACGAGAAGACGGCGUAUGACUGUAGUGGAAGCUGCAGGAUAUACGUCAUCCAUGAAGCUUGUGCUGGUGCACUCUGAUGCCUCUUUGCGUCCAGUGCCGUCCGUUACCCAGGAGUACAUUUUCUUGGUACUUUACUGUAAUAACAAAAAAGUAGUUUUGAGUAAGCUGCAGUCAGCAUGUGAUUUUGCUCCUCUGCACUUUUCUGAUCCGACACAGAGCGUCUCUGUCUACGUGCUCUCUGUUUAGACGUAAGUGACAAAUAUGUGGAGGUACCCUACGUAAUUUAAAAAUCAUGAUCACAAACAACAGUGAUAUGAGGCUGUUUCUACCUUAGAAAAGAAAAUAGACCAGAUAAACCUUUAAAGCGAUAAUUCUGGUUUGCUCUGCAGCUGACGGAGCUCUAUAGCCGGCUUUCCAGCAUUUUUCCCUUUACCGUGCUUCCACUUCCUGUCUGAACCCCGCGGCUCAGCAGAGCUCCAUUGUCUCCAACGCAAAGUGCACCAAAGCUGGAAAACCUCUGUGGCCUUCAAGGUGCUUUGCAGUUCUUCCAUCUCCUGGCGUUCUCACCUAGGAGCGCUUUUAGGUACCGAAAUUUGGCGCUGAUUGAUUUAACAUGAAUCUGUAACUGGCAGUACCUACGAUGGUGUCGUUAAAAGUACCCGACCCUAAUCACAGCGCUGUUUGUGUAAUAAAAGUUCACAUUUGAAGACGACAGUAGCUGUCUAACGGGACGUACACAUGCGGCGUCUUUAACCGCCUGGAAAAUGCGAGGUCGCUACUUCUGUGUCUUUUCCUGGCCAGCUUUCAAGAGCAACCUUAAGAAGCACUGUAUCAUAGCCUGUUUACCUGAUAUCCUGUCGGCUGUGAUUGGUUGUUCCUUGUCACAUGACGUGGUGUGCGCUGCUGCAUUAUCUUAGGGUGCAGCGACUGUACCCUGCAAAAUAGGCGCUCCGGCGUUUGAGCGUGCAUCCUCAUUGAAAACAACGAAUUUGAGCAUGCAAAAAAGGCGGCAUGUGUACGGCCACUAUUGUUAAACUUUGCCAAUUUCCAAACAGUUUCAUCAUGGCGAUGUGUGCAGAUGAAGUGUUUGGCAUCCCCCGAUCUGCGAGCACUUGUAGCUCCCCGUUCAUUUGCCGGUGGAGGACCCAGCUGACUUUUGCCGGUGGAUGUGCGGGGACCUCUAGGUGCUGUCUGCAGUCUUUUAUUUCAUAACUCAUGUUGGAAAGAUCGCAGUCGCUCGUCCUGCUAAUAUCUGUGCUAUGGCUUUGAAAGCUACUAAAACAGUAAUCUGGCUGCCUCUGUAAUGGAUUACGUCCCGCUACUAACCACACCCCUGUUCUCUGUGUGAUCACUGAACAACAGGAAGUAGCAGAGUGUGGAGUGGGGCUUUCAGGAGCUACUAUAUACUGUGUAUACUGUAGGAUCACUGUGGCUGCUGGUUCCAGGAAGGAAAGAAAAGCACCUGCCGACAGAUGUUUGUGUCACAAAGUGACCUGAUUGGAUGAAUUGUUACAGGCGGGUUGUUGUUCUGUGUGAAGGCGAAUAGAAGAACAGGAAACUCAAAGCCAUAUUAACUCAUUUAAUAAACGUUAAUGGUA